CCCACCGUCAUGAAGCCACCGCAGCGGCGGCGAACGGUCCCGGCACGUUAUCUGGGUGAGGUGAGCGGCCCCACGGCCUGGAGCGCCCGCGAGAAGCGACAAUUACUGCGACUGCUGCAGGCGCGGCGGGGCCAGCCAGAGCCGGACGCCGCUGAAAUGGCUCAGGAGUUUCCGGGCAGGAGCGAGGUUGAGAUCCGGGACUUCCUCCAGCAGCUCAAGGGCCGCGUAGUUCGGGAGGCCAUUCAGAGAGUGCAUCCAGGUGGUAGUCUGAAGCCCCAGAAGGCACAGAUCCCAGCCCCCAUAGAGAUAUGGAUGGAUCUGGCUGAGAAGAUAACAGGCCCGCUGGAGGGAGCCCUGUCAGUGGCUUUCUCGCAGGUGCUCACCAUUGCCGCCACAGAACCCAUCAGCCUCCUGCACUCCAAACCCCCAAAGCCCACUCAGGCCCAAGGGAAGCCACUGCUCCUGACCAGUCUGAAAGGACAGGUGGGCCCCACCCUAGAGUCAUCUUCAGGGUCCCUGGCUGGCCCCUGCACUGAAGGAGACUUCGUCGUGGACUUUGAGAAGAUCUACAAGUACCUGUCCUCAUUCUCCUGCAGUGGCCAUGGCCCUGACCUCUCAGCAGCUGAAUCUGCUGUGGUUCUUGAUCUGCUCAUGUCGCUUCCCGAGGAGCUGGCCCGCCUGCCUUGCACAGCCCUAGUAGAGCAUAUGGCAGAAACAUACCGACGCCUGACAGUCCCUGAACCCAGCCCUGUUAGACAGAGCCUGGUGCCUGGUGCUGAGGGUGACGGGACUGGGGCCAGGAGGCCAGAGGAUCCUGGCCAGGCCACUCCUCCACCCCUUGAGCCCACUGAACUGAGAUCGCCCUGGCAAGCAGCUGGGAUCUGUCCCUUGAACCCAUUCCUGGUGCCCCUGGAGCUUCUGGGCCGAACAACCACUCCUGCUAUAGGUGAGGGGCAGCAGUCACACUAGACAUCCCCAUCUGGCCCUCAGUCCUGCCCUGUUGGCACUAGGUUGUCCUGAAGAUCCAGUCAUGGUAGAAGGUCCCUGAGAUGGUGCUCAGCAGCAUCGGUGACCCUUUAAGAUGCUCCAUACAUCAGGAGUCUCAGAAAUGGAACUCCAGUUUCAUAGAGGUUCAUCAGGGGCAGCCAGGUGUCUGGGUUAAUGGAGAAUGGGGGCAGGGGACACUAUCCAUAAGCAGCCCAACCUCCUGGACAGGAGGAUAGGCAGACAGACAAGAGGGACUGGCCUCCCCUGUUCCCCAAGCCCUGCUGUGCCUUGUUCAGUACUGGGGGGACCAUGGGUGGCAAAUGUAUCAUAAACCCCUCACAUGGGCCCCACUUUGUCUAGACUUUCUAGUGCCUCUUUCUCCUAUACCUCAGAGAUCUCAGGCAUUGCCUGGCCCAGCCCUUUUUUUUUUUUUUUUUUUUUUAAGUAAAAAUUGGUCUAUACUUAAAUUUGUCCAGUUGCUCAAAAAUAUUUUCUACAAUUUUUUUUCAAAGCCUGCUGACAGGCAAGAGUGUUUUUUAUUUAUUUAUUUAUUUAUUUUUAUUCAAUCAUAAACACAUAGAUCAUGCCUGGCCCUUUUCAAUGGACCUGUUCCCAGUGCCCUCCACCGCCAGCUCCUUGCUCCUUCCCAGGGGUGUCCCAUGACUGUGAAUAAAGUUCUCCCA